CAUGGUGGAUUAAAUCUUGCCUGUUGGUCAAAGCAGAGUGUUUCUUUGCCCUUUAGUUCCAUCCAAUUCAGCGUUUCUGUUGCAUUUUGGGUUCUUCCAUUCUUGCCUGAAGAUGCAAAGAAAAGAUGGUUUCCAAGAAGUAAGGAUUCUACAGAUGUUGAGAGGGCUCCUCAUGUUCCCAUUCGGCUGAAGAUUUUUAACUACAAGAUAUUUGCCUUCAAAGCUGUGCUCAUUGUUAGUCUUUUGGGAUGUAUUCUGACUAUCUUCCACUCUCCAGCAGUUUACAAUACAGAUCCGUCCUUCCGAUUUUAGAUCUCAGUAUUUAUUUUGCCUUCCUGCCUCGUUUACUUUUACUUCCUGGUUUGAAUUUGAACACAUAGUAUUCUAAAUUCUGAUAGUUUCCAUUGAUAGAAAAAUAAACAAUUACUGCUCUUUAUGGUGUAUAUCCUUUUUGAAUAUAGAUAUUUAAGCUUAAAUCCAGCAGUAUAUCCUAAAAACCCGAAGUCUUCUUCUUUAAUUGAGUUAUAUUGAAUUUCUUUACAGUGGCAUGAAGCACCCGUUUUUUAUUCACAUUUCUGUUCAUGUGUUGAUAUUCAUGUCAGUGUGCUACAUAAAUAUGUGCACAUUUAUUUGUAUCUUGAAGGGGAUUUUGUUGUGUGCAGACCUAGUUUUGUAGAGAGAUCAAUGAGAGAUUACUCUGAAGAUCCUCAUUAUGUAUCAAACCUGGAUAUAAAUUGGGACCAGAUAUCAAAUGUUGUUGAGAAAUUGACUGACAGUAAUCAAUACCAAGGGAUUGGUUUCUUGAACUUUAAUGACAGUGAGAUUGAUCACUGGAAUGAGCUGACACCAGAUGUUGUACAUGUUGUUAUGCACUUAGAGUAUGUAUCAGAUAAUGUUACUUGGGAAUCACUGUACCCUGAACGUAUAGACCAAGAAGAAGAAUUUGAGGUUCCCACUUGUCCUUCUUAUGAAGGCACAAGACAAAAUCAAUCAAGGCGUGAGACCAGAGAUAAUGAAAACAAGCAAGAAAUCAUUCACACAACAGAAAUUGAGGAGAGACAGAAGCAACAUCUCUGAAAGCAACGAUCAAAUUAUAUUAGUAAAGCAAUCUAUAGUUUCCUUAACUGUACCUCAAUUACAGCAUCUAGAUUAGCUCCUAUAAGUGUAUAUAUUGGUAUAUGCUUGUAUAGAAUAUCAUACAACUGAAUAUAGAAUCAGUAUUCUC